AUGACUUUCCUAGGAGGAUUGCGUCCUGGCUCGCGCAGCUCCAACAAUACCUCGUCCACCGCCACUGCGAAGCCCUUCUUGUCACACGCGCAACGAAAGAACGUCAGCAUCGACAACCAGGUACCGUUACACAGUGCCAGAGGCAUGGCGGCUGUGCUCGACAUCGAAAGGUCGCGUACCAGACGAGAGCGGACCUUCAUAGGCAACGACUGUGCUGUGUGUGAAGAGGCGCUGGAGCACACGCUGCGAGGCGAACGCAUACUGCAGCUGUCGUGUGGGCAUGUGUCCCACGAAGCUUGCUUCUACGAAUACAUCCGCGAAUUCGAAGCCAAGGAGUGUCCAACAUGCAACGCUACGCUUGGGCUUGACACCAGUCGAGGAGGCAACAUUGACCUCGGUAUGUGUCAGAAGAUAGUUCGAUCAGUCCAAACCGAAGCGCCGCCGCAGAAUGGCAGCCAGAGGAGCAACCAGCCCACACCGACGCCAUGGGAUAACCAAUCGACGAUACACUCCGUCAGUGGUCAGACACAAGGUCGUUCUCGCAAUGGCAGCGAUGCUUCAGCUCGUUUCGCACCCUCAUACCACACGCGUCAACAGGACAGUAGCCAUAGUCGUGAGCGCAGCUCUGACCGCGGCGGCUCCAUGUCGCGCCAACAUCUACGGAGCGAUAGCGGUGCAACGGGUGUCGCCUCUUCACAUGAUUACGUGGCGGCGCAGGAUGGUCGGCGACACGACUACGAUGUGCAGUCGAUGGAAACAAGCCUUAGCAGCCCACGUGGACUUUUGAAGAACCCAAUCCCGGCGCCGACAGUAACAGUUCGAAGCGAAUUUCCAACACUCAGCAGGUCGCGGCAGCAACAAAGUUUGACGUGUUUGGUGACGGUCGAGGUGGUGGAGGGGAAAUGGCGGCCUGAUCCUGAAGACGUGCGAGGUGCACCGCCCCUGCCUUCGAUAGCAAGCGCAACCGGGAGCUCGUUUGGCCGCUCCAAAUCACCAGCACGCAGCAGGCAUGCCGCUUACGACUUUGACACACCAUACGAGCCCGAAGAAGUCCUAGAUGAAAUUACCGAGGAUUUGCACUCUCGUGUCGACAAUUGGCAUGGUCUCGACUUCUCACGCUUCGGCAAGCUGCGCCUGCACGGUCAGAUUCGUGUUGGCAAGGACAGACAGUCAUGGCAGGAGCUCGAAUGCUACCUCUUUUCUGAGAUGCUGAUUUGUGUAAAAGAGAAGAAGGUUACUGCUCAGCCCCAGUGGGAUGACUCAAAGGCAUCCAGGUCGAAGAAGACAAAGUGCACACUAAAGGGCUCCAUCUUGAUCAAAAGGCACCUCAGCCAAGUCGAACACUCGCCUGAUGACUUUAUCCUCACCCUGAGCUUGUCAGUGGCGGAGCUGCCCUCUUUCCACCUACAGUUCCCGGACAGAAGCCAGCUGGAGCUAUGGCGACGAGCCCUGAUGGAUAUUCGUUUGGACUUCCCUAUGAGCAGAGGCAUGCCAGACUACGACCAGGACCUCUCUGGAACGGAAGAAGACGACUACCGAAGACCGAAGCGUGUCUCAUCUGUGAACUCCUCAUAUGGCGCCGCUCGAUCGACAAUGACUGCUCCCACCGAAUACACUAGCUCUCGUGCUAGUCCCCCGGAACCACGCUUGUCUGGCUCGAUUCAUGUACCCAUCGACGUUGUCGUCGUGAUUCCUGUCUCAUCAUCGAUGCAGGGCUUGAAGAUCAAUCUGUUGCGAGACACCCUCAGGUUCCUCGUUCACAACCUUGGUGAGCGUGAUCGCAUGGGACUCGUAACAUUUGGCUCAAGUGGAGGCGGCGUCCCCAUUGUUAGCAUGACCGGCAAAGCAUGGAGAGACUGGCCUAAAGUCCUCGACUCGAUUCGACCUGUAGGCCAGAAGAGUCUCCGUGCUGAUGUAGUGGACGGUGCCAAUGUAGCCAUGGAUCUCCUGAUGCAACGAAAGUCGAGCAACCCUCUUUCAAGCAUUCUGCUUAUUAGCGAUUCAUCCACCUCAGAUGCUGAGAGCGUUGACUUCGUGAUAUCUCGCGCCGAGGCUGCAAAGGUCUCCAUUCACUCAUUUGGUCUCGGUCUUACUCACAAGCCUGACACUAUGAUCGAGUUGUCUACACGAACUAAGGCAUCCUACACUUACGUAAAGGACUGGAUGAUGCUACGCGAGUGUGUGGCGGGAUGUCUCGGGUCACUCCAGAGUACAUCGCAUCAGAACGUCCGGCUGAAGUUGCGUCUACCUGAGGGCUCACCUGCCAAGUUCGUCAAGAUCAGUGGAGCAUUGCAAAUCACGAAACGAGCUACUGGAAGAGAUGCCGAAGCCGCACUGGGCGACUUGCGCUUCGGCGACAAGCGAGAUAUCUUAGUGCAGCUUGCUAUCGCUCCGGACUCAGGCUCACCGGAACAGCUUCCGCAGGACCCUUGGGAGACCAUCGUUUCUGGACUGGAAGCCUUGGGCGGCCCGCUGGACCAAGAUGAUUCGCGCACACUUAGCGUUGAAGAAGUGCCGUUGAUCCAAGCUGACCUCACAUAUGGCGACAUCCUCAGAGAAGGGACCCUUUCACACCUGGCAAGGCCAUCAUUGCUUGCCAUCACUCUGCUGCCUUCUGGCCCAAAGAAAGCCUCAACAGCCUUCCCACCAACACCACCUAUUCCUCCUCACCCGCAUGUGGUUCAGCGCCGCAUGGAACUGUUAACAUCCGACAUGUUGACGCGAGCACUUACACUAGUUUCGCGCGGUCAACAUGAACGAGCACACCAUCUUUUGAAAGAGACCCGAAGUAUCUUGAAGGGGCUCGGCAAAGGAGGAUUACCCCCGCUACCCCCUCCAGGUCAGCGACGUCACGAUGCGCCCAGCACCACUGGUAGCACCGGAACCUCGUCGCCUACGCAAAGCAGUGCUGGUGAUCCUCGACCACGAACACCUUCACCACACGCUAAUAGUCCAUUUACCCCUGCAGCAGGCAUCGAUGCCAGGACUAUGCACGCCCUUGACGCCGAGCUGGAGUCCAGCUUGGAGUGGAUAAACCAUCCUGCAGUUUUCGGCCGUGACUCGAGGAAGGCCGUAUUGCAGGCGAUCGGUGUCAUCUCCUCACAGCGCGCAUACACAUUCAGGUCACCCUCAGAGUCACUUUGGGCUGAGCGUGUCCAGGGCGUCAAGCGCCUCUCUGACCGCUCGCGCGAAUGGCGCGAGUCUGGCGAUCAAGAAGCUCUUAUGGAAGAGAACUAAUUCCUCUUCUCUCCUUCGAGCGCUACGACUUUCUUGUACAUGUUAUAUCAUACUACAUCAUAACUCGAUCCCCCAUAUUGCUUUGUCUUUUUAUUGGAUACUAUACCCCUGGCGAUUGGCUAUCUGGGCUUUGGUCAUGGUUAUGACCGGUUUGGCGAAUCAUUGCUUCACUCAGUCUUCGACUUGACUUGAUUUCAUUGUCAUUACGAAGGAUACCACUAUCAGUCGUCUGCGUUUCCUUUGCCGGACUUGGCCUGCAAAAGUUGCAUUUUUGCAUAGUUUCUACUCCCAUCGUUAUACUUAGACAUCACGAGCGUUGCCACUUUUGAGCGCGUAAAU